GUAUCGGGUGCGCCAUCUCGUGUUUAUCUCAACACGAGUUGAUAGCAAUAGUAUCAUGUCUACGUUUGCGGAAUUUGACAGGUCCAGCGGCACGUAUCCACGAUAGCACUAUAUUGUAAGUUGUAUAAGUGCAUAUCGCCCGUGCUGUUGGACUACGAAACGGUGUUUGUGAUUUAUGUUCCAUGGCUUUGAAAGGAUGGCGGCUUAUUUUGAAUCGAGUGAUUUUCAUACCUCAACGGUAUGUUCUUGGCAUUAUGGGUCUGUUUGCUUUGGCAAACGCUUUCACAAUGCGGGUAUGUCUCAGUAUGACUAUCACACAAAUGGUGUUGCAUGCUGAAUCCUCCGAGCACAUAGUAGGCGAGACUUGCCCUGACAAUAGCUAUUCGUCCGGAUCUGAAGGAAGUAACAGUACAGUUUACUUUGAAGGUCGGGAUCGAUAUGAUUGGAGCGAAGCAACACAAGGCUUUCUCUUGAGCGCGUUUUACUACGGCUACGUGAUAACUCACUUGCCGGGAGGACUAUUGGCUGAAAAGUUUGGAGGAAAAUGGACACUUGGAUUGGGUCUAUUGGUCACUUCCAUAGCGACAGCUCUUACCCCAUGGGUUGUUAGUAUGUGGGGUGCCGUGGGGUUGUUCAUAAUGCGGGUUAUAGAAGGAUUUGGCGAGGGUCCAGUUACACCAGCGUUUGUACUUUUAUUAGCUAGAUGGGUACCACCUUCAGAACGGUCUCGGUUUGGAGCUAUGAUUUUUGGUGGAGCUCAGAUCGGUAACAUCGUCGGUCCUUACCUUUCUGGUAUACUUUUAGCUGAUGGUGGUGAUUGGGCCAAUGUGUUCUAUGUCUUUGGAGGAUUGGGUAUGAUCUGGUUCGUAUUUUGGGUGCUUUUAUGCUACAGUACACCUAAUUCCCAUCCUUACAUUUCUGACGAGGAGAGGAAUUAUUUGAACAAUAACGUGGCUGCUUCGGGCUUACAUAAAAAAUUGGAUCCAGUUCCAUUCAAGGCAAUGCUGAGAUCCGGCCCGCUUUGGGUACUUAUAAUGGCAGCUAUCGGUCACGACUGGGGCUACUUUACGAUGAUCACCGAUUUGCCGAAAUACUUCUCCGAUGUGCUUAAGUUCAACAUCAAAGAGACCGGUCUUAUGUCCGCUCUGCCGUACGUUGCGAUGUACAUCUGCUCCUUUAUAUUUGCCGGCCUCUGCGAUUUCUGCAUCAAGAAGAAUUGGCAUAGCAUUUCGACUGGCAGGAAAAUUUAUACAACCGUCUCCUCUUCCGUACCCGCUGUUUUUAUAAUUCUGGCCUCGUACUCCGGAUGCGAUCGCUUGCAGGCUGUGGGUCUAUUCAUUGCAUCAAUGGCGUUCAUGGGAGGUUUCUAUAGCAGCGUGAAGAUAAAUGCCAUGGACAUAGCUCCAAAUUAUGCUGGUACUUGCUCAGCGUUUGUGAACGGGAUUGCUGCUAUAUCAGGAAUCAUUACACCAUAUUUGAUAGGAUUAUUAACGCCUGAUCAAACAGUUGAGCAAUGGCGGAUAGCAUUCUGGGCCGUCUUCGCAGUACUCGUCGGCACAAACGUUGUGUACGUAAUUUGGGGAUCAGGAGAGCAACAAUGGUGGGACGAUGUUGAUAAAUACGGUUACCCACCUGGAUGGAAACAUGGUACAUUCAAGAAGCGACAAACUGAUAUGGAGAAGAAAAUUGUACACCCCAAACACGAUCACUCGCCAAUUGCUAAAGAUUGAUUUUAAUGUCUUACAUAAUGUAAAUACCACUAUUUAUUAUAAUUAAAAUA